CAAGUUGCAAGCCCUGAAGUCUGAACCCCUUAAACCCCAAACGCGAAAUCGGCGUUGAACAACGCACGACGCAGCGAGCGGUAAGGUGGAUGCUAAAGUUAGUUACUUCUCCUAACAAUGAAAGCUGUGAGAACCCUAAAGAGGAGCCUCUGUUCCACAUCCUCUCUCAGUUACAACAAUUCCGCAACCAUUUUCCGGGCUUUCUUCUCAGCCCAACCGCAACAUCACAGCGACACCGAUUCCGUCUUCGACAGUUCCAACUAUGCCAUCGAAGCCCACCACGAGGAUCCCAAGCCCAUGUGGGAGGAGAAAUACCGGGCCCGGGCGGACCAAGUUAUAUUCGGCGAAGAAGGCCCCAAGGGGAAACUGAAGCUGAAGGAAGAGGAAGAUGAGAGAAGGAGAAGGGUUCUGGCCAAGGCUUUGCUCGAAGCAGCACUCGAUAACCGUGAGGAAGAGGAAGCGGAAGAGAAGGGCGUGGUCGCUGAGGAGGACCAGAAAUCUUUGACCGUCGGAAUCAUUGGCGCCCCCAAUGCUGGAAAGUCUGCGCUCACUAAUUAUAUGGUUGGAACAAAGGUGGCAGCUGUUUCACGGAAGACAAACACCACAACUCAUGAAGUAGUGGGAGUGUUGACAAAAGGAGAUACCCAAAUUUGUUUUUUUGAUACACCAGGGCUCAUGUUGAAUUGUGGUGGAUUCCCCUAUAGGGAUGUCAAGGCUCGUGUUGAAAGUGCUUGGGGUUCAGUCAAUCUCUAUGACGUGCUCAUAGUCAUAUUUGAUGUUCAUAGACAUAUUACCAGGCCCGAUUCAAGAGUGAUAAAACUAAUCAAACGUAUGGGAGCUCGAGGGGUUCCAAAUCAAAGGCGAGUUUUGUGUAUGAACAAGAUUGAUUUAGUAGAGAAAAAGAAAGACUUAUUAAAGGUUGCUGAAGAAUUCAAAGAUCUUGCUGGAUAUGAAAGGCAUUUCAUGAUAUCAGGACUGAAGGGGGCUGGAGUAAAAGAUCUGACUCAGUACUUGAUGGAGCAGGCAGUUCAACGACCCUGGGAAGAAGAUCCAUUCACCAUGAGUGAGGAAGUUAUGAAGAUUAUUGCAUUAGAAGUUGUGCGUGAAAGGUUAUUGGACUAUGUACAUCAGGAAAUUCCAUAUGAUAUUGAGCAUAGGUUGAUUGACUGGAAAGAGUUACGGGAUGGUUCUCUUAGGAUUGAGCAACACUUUGUCACUAACAAACUUAGCCAACGCAAGAUUCUUGUAGGGAAGAAUGGCUCAAAAAUUGGGAGAAUAGGAAUUGAAGCCAACGAAGAGCUAAGGUCUAUUUUCAAAAAGCAAGUGCAUCUAAUUCUCCAGGUGAGGCUUAAACAAUGAAUCAGGCAAAUAGAUUUGAUGUUGAGAGUGUACUUUCCUUGCCACGUCGCGCUGUGAAAUGCAGUACGUAAAAUGCCAAAGCAGUGGUGAAUCUUACCACUGACAAUUGAAGUCCAUGGAAGCUUAAAACAACAUGCCUAAUGUCACGUUGAUCACAGAAAAUCAUUGCUAUGGUGACACAGGUUGCGUUCAUUGGUGAUCAAACAAGCAAGCGUCUGUACCUUUUACCAAUAUGUUUGCCUGUGGUUAAGGAAUUUGAUUUGUCAAGUUUAUUACGUCUAUGAAUUUUUAAAGGGAAUUUCCAUAUUUUGGUUUUUGUAUUCGAUUAGAAUUUGGUUUAUACCUGCGUUAUAUAUAUAAAAUAGACAACUAGGGCAUUUGCUAGUAUGAUUCUUACAAUGGGUGCUCAAAAAAUGCCCAUGGACCUGUCAUUGUUUGGCAAGAUACGACUGAUAUUGUAUAAUGUUAUUUUAUGUAUAGCAUUUUUUCAUG